AUGGCCUCAAUCGCAGCUGAAUCCGACGGAAGAUCCCAGCCCUUCUACUAUCGCCUAUUCACCAAAGACGGUCCAAUUGCAACGCACAAUCCGAUCUAUGUAGAUAACCUAUUCAUCAGUCGCACUCUUCUGAAACUCGUCGCUCCUCCACGUGCCGCUUUAUCCAUCACAAAGCAUCUCUGCAAGAUCGAGGGAUUUUCAGGAGCUACGAGUUCCACACUCUUCGAAUCAAUUUCCAGUCAGACUGCCGCUACGGAGUCCUUUCGAUUAGCGCUGAAGGAUCCUUCUGGCCCGGGGUGGUCUGAGGAUGACUCCAUAGUUCUGGUAGUUGAAGCGGAAGAUGCUAAAAAGCGAUCAGCGAGCACGGCGCAAUCGAAGGGUCUCCCUGAGGCUGUGACGCCCGGGCCUCGUUAUGUUUACUACCGGCUUUACGAGGAAGAAGGUGCAAUGGCUUCGAAAACAUCCUUUGACCCGGACGACUCUUCCUUGGGUCGCAUUGACACGUUCUCUAUCGUGCCCCCUCAAACUGUGUCUUCCCUGAAGUCACAAAUUGUAAAAGCUGAGGGCAUCGCUGAUCGCAAGAUUCAACUGUUCGGGGAUAUGGACGGCGAGGUGCCAAUGAAUGAUAAUGACCACAUGUCUCUCCGAGCACAGGUCUAUCCAGGACACGUUGAAGAUGAACCCAUAACACUUGUUUGUAGCCCGAAAAAGGCCGAGAAAACACAGAAGGACACCCAAUUAGUGCCAGAACCAAGCUUUAACAAAAAGCUUAAAGGCUCGAUAACGUGGAAUCCAAAUCCGACUGUUCUAUCAGACUGGCUUCCGUUCGUGGAGAACGAGAUCAUGUUUACAGAUGGCGUCAAAACGAAAGGCUACAUCACUGGGUUGCCAAGUGAUUAUCUUUUUCACCGUCACAUAAGCAACACAAGGACAAUUUUCUUUCUUUCAGUUGCAAACUCUCCCUAUAGUGGAUAUAUUGCGAUGAACUCCGCUGGUAGAAAGGGCUUCGUCUAUGAUUCCCACUCCCGCCUCUGUUGA